AAAUCCCUCAAACCUCAUUUCAUACAUAUAAACACCAUUACAUACAUGUACGUGUCUUCCUCGUAGCAUAACCAAAACCCACAUCCCUCUAUCAAAUUCUCAAUUCCUCCACCCUAUGCAUGCAUACAUGACCAUGGUGGUGUUGAUCUUCUUUGCUAUCCUAUGCAUUCUCUGUCCGACCACCUCUGCAUCAGAUCUCAGGGUGACCGACGAUGAUGUGAGGUCCGAAACAGAUCUCUUUGCACUAUAUAGAAAAUGGCUCGCCAUCUAUCACCCCGACGAGAGAAGUUACGGAAAUGGGGACGACAUGUUGUUAAAGAAGUUUCAUGUAUUUAAGAACAAUGCCAUGUACAUCCAUGCAAGCAACAAAAGGAGCAAUGUCACGUAUGAGCUCGGACUCAACAAGUUUGCAGAUUUGAGUAACGAAGAGUUCCGGGCAAUUUACACGCAACAGCCACAAAGAGUGCUCGGACAACAAAUUGAAGGAGGAGCAAAGCGGAAUUUCAUUUAUGGAAACACUAGCGAGCCUUUGCCAGCGACAAUGGAUUGGAGGAAAAAGGGCGCUGUUACAGGCGUCAAAGACCAGGGCUCUUGUGGCAGCUGCUGGGCAUUUUCAACCAUUGCCGCGGUCGAAGGAAUCAACCAAAUAAAGACAGGAGAACUGGUUGCGUUGUCAGAGCAAGAGCUGGUCGACUGUGAUAAGAAGAUCAAUGAAGGGUGUAAUGGUGGCCUCAUGGACUAUGCAUUCCAAUUUAUAGUUGAAAAUGGUGGAAUCAGCAGCGAACGCGAUUAUCCUUACACUGCAACUGAUAACCAAUGUGAUCUCACGAAGAAGAAGUCCGGUGUUGUCGUCAUUGAUGGUUAUGAAGACGUUCCUGUCAACAGUGACGAUGCCCUGAUGAGAGCAGUGGCCCAUCAACCUGUUUCGGUUGGCAUAGAAGCUGGUGGCCUAGAAUUUCAGUUCUAUUUGAAUGGUGUGUUCACUGGGACUUGUGGAACGAAUCUGGACCACGGAGUUUCUGUUGUUGGAUAUGGAACGACAAACAAAGGGAUCAAGUAUUGGAUCGUGAAGAACUCAUGGGGAUCGGAUUGGGGGGAAGAUGGAUACAUCCAGAUGCAGAGGAUUGAAGCAGGGGCAAAGGAGGGGUUGUGUGGGAUAAACAUGAUGGCAUCCUAUCCUCUCAAAUCCACCACAAAAUGCACUCCCUCCAAAUCAAAUGAUCCUCUCAUCCGUCAACAACCCCUCGGAAGAAAAUCAGGAGAAUCCUACAUGUCAUAGAGAGAGAAGAGAUACUUCUGUACUCAAUUGGUGUAAUAUUCAGUCACAGAACGGAUUCAUCUACUGUUCUUUUGGGUUAAUAUGCACUCAUAUUCAUGACUAA